UUUUUUUUCUUUCUUUCUUUCUUUCCCUAAAAACUUUCAUUCCAUGGAUUGUGCUUUGUUUCCUCAGAUCUUCAUGAACACAAGAUGUUUGGCCGUUCGACAAGGAGUGGAAAUCAGGCUAUACAGAAAAAUGUGGCUGAAUUCAAGUUGCUGUGCUCUGGGGGUGUCUGGGAUUGGAGCUGGAGACCUGUUUGACGAUGAGUCCUUGAAGAGGUCUGAAAAUGGAGCCGUGUUGGGUGCACUUGAUGAUGACUCAUCUUCAGCACCAUUUGGAACUCUGGAUGCUGAAAUCACGCCUGAAACCAUUGAUUUCUUUGUUAGCGAUGCCGACGGCGAUCCCGACUGCCCUUCGAAGGGAUUCUCUUCCAUUGAGCAGGCAUUGAAUACAAUACGCCAAGGAAAGUUUGUGAUUGUUGUGGACGACGAAAAUGAGAAUUUUGAAGGAACCCUCAUCAUGGCAGCUUCUCAUGCGACUCCGGAGCAGAUGGCUUUCAUGGUAAAGCAUGGCUCCGGCAUUGUUUCCGUAGGUAUGAAAGAGGAGGAUCUCGAAAGGCUUAAGCUUCCUUUGAUGUCUCCGGAAACCGAAGACACAGAUUCUUCUGCCCCGACUUUCACUAUCACAGUGGAUGCGAAAACCGGCACAUCGACCGGAGUUUCAGCUUCUGAUAGGGCAAAGACUGUUCUUGCAUUGUCAUCCCUGGAGGCCAAACCUGAUGAAUUCAGAAGACCAGGUCAUAUAUUUCCUCUCAAGUAUAGAAUUGGUGGGGUUUUAAGGAGAGCUGGUCAUACUGAGGCUUCGGUCGAUUUGGUCAUCCUCUCCGGUUUACGUCCUGUUUCGGUUCUUUCAACUGUCGUUGAUCCAGAGGAUGGUUCUAUAGCACCUUUGCCAUUUAUAAGAGAGUUGGCUUUGAAGCACAGCAUACCAGUUAUUUCAAUAACUGAUCUGAUUAGGUACCGGAGAAAGAGGGAAAAGAUCGUCGAAAGAACUGCGAUUUCGCGUCUACCUACGAAAUGGGGUCUAUUUCAGGCAUACUGCUAUCGUUCAAAGCUAGAUGGAACAGAACAUAUAGCGCUUGUUAAGGGAGACAUAGGGAAUGGCCUAGACGUACUUGUAAGAGUUCAUUCAGAAUGUUUAACCGGGGAUAUCUUCGGAUCAGCAAGAUGUGACUGUGGCAACCAGUUGGAUUUGGCAAUGCAGUUAAUCGAGCAAGCUAGUCGAGGAGUCAUGGUUUACCUUCGAGGUCAUGAAGGGCGAGGGAUCGGACUUGGGCAGAAGCUGAGAGCCUAUAACCUGCAAGACCAGGGCCAUGACACAGUUCAAGCCAACAUCGAACUCGGUUUAGCUGUCGAUGCUCGUGAAUACGGCAUCGGUGCCCAGAUUCUGAGAGACAUAGGCGUGCAAACGAUGCGGUUGAUGACCAACAACCCAGCCAAGUUCACAGGUCUGAAGGGUUACGGCUUGGCUGUUAUCGGAAGAGUCCCAGUUUUGACAGCCGUUACAGAGGAAAACAAGAGGUACUUGGAAACAAAACGAACCAAGAUGGGUCAUAUUUAUGGCUCGGAUCUACAAGGACCAUUGGCUGGUUUCAUCAAACCAUCUAUAAACAAGAAAGAAUCAUCGGAUGAGGAACCAAACCCAGAAUAAUUUUUCACUUCAAACAUAUGAUUAUAGACACCAAAAUUUCAAAGCCAAUGGAUACAGCAAUCUUUCUUUUUUCCUU